AUGACAAACAUCCUCGGAGUGACCGAGAUGAGCUUAUCUACCAAUCAAGAAAGGUCAGUGACAGUGAUGGAGAAAAAGAGAUUGGUGUGGAAAGUAGAAGGCUCUUCUGGAGAAUCCAAGGUGGUUAGGGGAGGAGCUGUUGAUCCUGUAGAGCUGCUAGUGGAACUUGCUCCCAUGGAGAUCCGCAUUUUUGUCGUUGACUUAUUGUCUCACCCAUGGUGUUUGAUGCCUGAAAGAUUGGGGGCAUUCGGCAUUGGACGAGGAUCAUAG